UUUUCAUUGAAAUUAUAUAUUUUUUAUCUAUUUUUUAUUAAUUUUGUAUUAUUAUUUUUCUAAUUUUCGUAAAAAGGUCAUACAUACAAAACAAAAGGCAUUGCGUUUAUUGAGUCAGAGCUUCCCUGUAAACGAUAUUUUUUUAAAUAAAAAUCACUAAUGGUGGCAUAACUAUAAUAGUUAGGCAUAUGAUGUCGCGACACUUUUUGUAAAUAAUAAUAUGUUUUACAAAGUCAUAGUACAUUAUUUUAUUCUAUCAUCAAUAGUUUUCGCAGCGCACGGGAUGUAAAUAAUAUUUUAGGUAAUUUUUUUACACCUUAGGUUACAUUAAUGGAGUAGCCUACGUCGCUCGGGGAUAGUGUAGCUUCCAAACACUGACAGAAUUUUUCAAAUCGGUUCAGUAAUUUCGGAACAUAUUCAAUACAAACAAACAAACAAAAUUUUCAUCUUUAUAAUAUUAGUGUAGAUAUUUUAUGAGGAUCAUUAAAACUUGUUAUCUUGUAUAAAUGUGCUUAGAUUUGACUGCAUCGGAAGACUAGCAAGUGGCUUCAAAGGCACCAUAUCCGAUACUAUUAAUAAUGAAACCUGCUGAAAUCUGUUAAUCGUCAGCACAUAUGAACUUUAGAUUCGCAUAUUAAAUUUUUGUGAGACCUAACACACUAAAUCACGUUCUAAAAAUUGUGUGAAGUGAUUUUUUUUGGUGCGUAUCAUCGUGUUUCGCGUUACAAUACAACUUGUAUAUUAAACUUAGCUGAAUAAACGAACAGUUGUUUUAAUAGUUUUUUUUCGUAGCGAUACAUCAAUGUUAACUAUUAGAAAAAAGUGAAAUAGAGAUAGAUAUUUGUGCAUAUAUUUUAGGGACGGGUUAUUUUUUUUAUUGCCUGAGCAGGCAGACGAUCAUACGGCCCACCUGAUGGUAAGUAGUUACCGUUGCUCCUGGACCUCAGUAAUGCCAGGGGCAGAGACAAGCCGCUGCCUACCAAUAGUCUAAGCUCAGGUUCGAAAUCCCGUCCUUUCACAUUAAGUAUAGGCUUCCGUAUUACAACUCAAAAUUUAUCCUCUCCUGUAUUAACCAAACCAUUUUUUUUUUUCAAAAAUAAUUAGCGGUCAAACCAGAUCGCGGCCAAGCUGUGCAUGAGCUUUAUAGUCGGCAACGAAUUCUAUAAAAAAGACGAAUAUUGCCGCCCAUCCUUAGAUGAGAGAUGUGUAACGUCCAUAGAAGUCUCAAUAGUAUUAUUGUUAGACUAUUAUACCUACACUUUAAAUCAGAAUGAUGUAGGUCCAAAUGCUUCGCGACAUAAUUGGGCCAUGCAAUGUCCUUCGAUCAACAAUAUUACUGAUUUUAGUUAAUAUUACGUAUAAUAAAACUAGUGGAGACGCAUCGUGCAUGAAGUCGUCUUGGCCUAAAGGAUAAGACGUCCGGUGCAUUAGUAUCGAGCGAUGCAACGGUGUUCGAAUCCCGCAGGCGAGUACCAAUUUUCCUAAUGAAAUACGUACUUAACAAAUGUUCACGAUUGACUUCCACGGUGAAGGAAUAACAUCGUGCAAUAAAAAUCAAACCCGCAAAAUUAUAAUAUGCGUUAUUACUGCUGGUCCGUCUUGUAGGUCCGCACGGGCAGGUACCACCACUCUGCCUAUUUCUGCUAUGAAGCAGUAAUGCGGUUCGGUGUGAAGAUUGGAGCAGCCGUUGAACUCUAUACUGAGACCUUAGAACUCAUAUAUCAAGGUGGGUUAGCUGGUGGGCUAGCUGGUUGGACGAACUCACGGCUCACCUGGUGUUAAGUGGACACCGGAGCUCAUAGACAUCAACCACGUUAAUGAUGCCGCCCAUAUUGAGACCGGAGUUAGAAGUCUCAGUUUUUACAGUACAAUAGGUGCCUCACUCUUCAAGCCGAAACGCAUUACUGCUUCACGGCAGAAAUAGGCAAUAGUGCAUAUCCGCGCGGACUCACAACCCUACCGCCAUUAUUGAUAAGUUACAAAGUAUUCAAUAAGAAGCUAAAAAGGCAUCUCAUGAAAAUAACUUACCGUUUUACAUACUCCCAAAACAUUAUUAUUUCAUGUUGUAAGCAAUCCCCCAUUCUUGAAAGUUCGGUCAUCAACAUCGUUUAUUUUAAAAUGUUCAGUUGUAUACUAUUAUAAAAACUUUAUACUUCUUCAAAGAAAUCCAGUACUGUUUUUAAAGAGGUUUAUCUCUGUCCGAAAUUAACUAAAAAUAAUGAAGCACAAGCACAUUCUUAAUUUCAUUUUUAUUGCUUUUAAAAUUCGAAAUUAGAAUUUUCUAAUGGCAGUUUCACACUGUUAGACAUACGGGGCUCUUGCGGUAACUAUUCAAGCGUUGGUUUGAACACAAUCGUUCAUACCAUACAUAAAAGUUCAGGGCUAAAUAGAAAUCGAUUGCCAUACGUUACAAUAAUUGUAAGAGCCCACUUUCGAUUCAUGAGUGACAUCCUGACAUCAAUCAUUGAAUAAAAUUUUGUAUUGUGGACUUCGCUUUACUUCUUGUCAUUUUAAUGUUACUAAAUCUUGUUUGAGUUUUUCUUCUUUUUUUAUCGACUGGUUGAAUAGUAAAUGUUCGAAAUUCGAAAUACUCUUCUGACGUGAAAUUUGACAUAUAUGUUGUAAAAUUUGUAAACAGGAACAUGUUUAUCUUUAAUUUGAUUUGAUUUGUUGAUUAGGAAAUAAAUAUUUCUUCCUUAAGAUUAAGUGAAAAAAUUGCAUUAAUAAUAAAAUGUCGUUGAAAAAAUUACCGAACGAAAUUCAAUCUUUAAUGUGUGCGUCAAUACACAUAAAUACUUUCAAGAGAGCCGUUGAAGAAUUGGUUUACAAUGCUUUAGACGCACAAUCGACGUCAAUAGCCAUCCGAGUCCACAUUAAUGAUGGUGCUUUGCAUGUAAUUGAUAACGGACGCGGUAUACAUAAAUUAGACUUUGAUUUACUGGGACAAAUGUACGCCACUAGCCAUUACGUAGACAAAAUCACUUUGGAAUCGGGUUCUAACAAAUACGGAUUGGCGGGUGUAUCCCUGGCGAAUAUUAUUGAAGUUUCGAAGUACGUUAAAAUAACAUCAAGACACGAAAGUGACGAAGAGGCGUGGGUUAAAGAAUUUUGUAAGAAUAAGGUUAAAAAGCCGUAUGGGAGAAUCAAAAGACCUUCUAAAGGAACUACGAUACAAAUUAAAGGAUUUUUAUAUAACAAAUGCAUAAUAAAGAAGUCUCUUAACGCUUUACGAGAAUUUCAAGAAAUUAAAACUUUCUUAGAGCAAAUAGCUGUAGUGCAUACUAGUAUUUCAUUAAGCUUGAGGGAUGAAGAAAAAAAUGAAAUAGCAUUUCAGGUACAUAAGACAAGAGAUGUUUACAAAACUCUAAAUGUUCUCUUUAAUAUACAAAGAUGCGAUCUACAAGAAUUUAUAGUGGAGAAAAAUCACUACAAAGUUACAGGAUUUAUUGGAAAAAAAGAAAUUUGUAUUAAAUUGCAAUGGAUUUUUCAUAACAAUAAAUUCGUUAGCAGAAACAACAAGGUCUAUAAGUUGUUAAAAGAAUAUCUGAAGACUACAAAACGCAAAAGGAAAAUUGAUGUAAAGUCGAAUUUAAACUAUAAAGGAUGUGAUGAAGAAUAUAAUUUAAAAUAUAAAAUAUCCUUUUACCUUAUUUUUAUACAAAGUCCGCUUACUGAUUACGUCACUAAAGGUUCAUAUCUUGAAUUUAAAAACUGGGAAAUUGUUAAAAAACUGCUACAAAAAUUGGUACAAUUUUAUUUUGGUAAUAUCCAACUCAAGGAAAUUUCAGUUAAUCCAAUCGAUAAAAAGAAUGUGAAACCACAGGCUGACAUACGAGAUCAAGUAAAAAUUAUUAUGGAAAGGUUUUUAAGUAGCAGAAAAUUGGGAGUUUCACAGUUACAAAACGGUAUUACAGGUAAACUGGUCAAUCGUAAACGUUCAAGACGAAGCUUACGCAGUGUAGGUAACCAGAUAAGUAAACUUGAUAUUCCAAUAGAAAUAGAACAAAAAAACCCAAACGUUGAGCUCUGUGAAAAUAAAAAUUAUAAUAAAGGCAUCGUAACUGAUUUAAAACGAAACAGUGGUAUUGAAAACGAUCGGCUUAUCGGAAAGAGUAGAUCAGAAAAUAAUAAUAACCAUAUAAUUUUACCACAAAGAGUCAAAAAACGAGCACCUGAUGAUAAAACUAAGGCAAAACAUAAGAAUAUUCAGGCCGAAAGAAAAAUUAAAGCCAAGAAAAACAAACAAAAUACCAUUAAUGAUUCGAUUAUACAAAGAUUUAUUAAGCCAACGGAUAGCGUCCAAAAAAGAUGUGAUAUUAUUUCUCGUAAAGCCCAAGAAGCUUUGAAUCACAUAAAACCAAAGAAACAACAAAUACUUAUAAAGGAAAAUGUUUAUAAUAGCAAUACUUUUCAAGGAAAUAAACAGAUUUCAGUUCGCAAAAGGGUCAACGAAAUUGUUAUACAUGAUUAUUUACCUUUACCUCCGAAAAUAGACCGAAAAAAUAUUGAUAGCCAUUAUAUAAAGACCAGAGAUAGAUGCUUAUGUACGUAUGAUCUAAUUAACACUAUUCUACAAAGUCAAGGUGUACGCCACGAAAUACAAAAUGAUAAAUAUCAAAUCACACAAACUCAAAGAAAAGCUUCGGAAAUCGCAGAACAUACCCAACUGCUACCAUCAUAUUUAACUUUUCAAAGUCAUUGUCACGCUAUGAACAUGGAAGUUUUGGAAAAUCUAGGAAAAUUUGUACCAAAACAAAAUGCUUGCUCGAAAAAAAGUAACUUGGAGUUAUCGUCAUCACCUACAAGAAAUCAAAAUCAGAGUAAACAAAAAUCUAAUUUUAACAUAGAGGAUACUCCAAUUGGUGGCACGUCAUCUUUCAAAAACGCUUCCAUUAAAUUAAAAUCUAAUUUAGAAGAUCCGAUAGCAAAUAAAAUGCUUUCGUCUCAGUCUCUACAAGAAUCGAAUUUUCCAAGUGGUCACUUCGGAAAUAUAAAAAAAACUUACAUUGUUUCCAACGAUAAUAGUAACAAUAUUUCGCUUCGGAAUCCAGACGGAGAAAAUUACUUAAAAGAAAAUAUGAUUAUAAAUGAAACCAUACCUCUGUCGAUUAGUAUUGAUCGUGAUAAUUUCUCAUACAACGACUUAACUUUACCAAAUACACAGGAAAACCCCAACAUAGAUAAUUUAAUAAAUAUAGAUCCUAUGGAUAUUUGUGAAACAGUAAUGAGCGGAGUUGAGAAGGAAAUAACAACAUUGAGCUCUUCUUCAAAAACAGAAAUGAAUAAUAAAAAUAGUAUAAUAGAUAGAAGCGAUGUAAAUAAUAAACAAAAUAAAAAAAUCGAUAUAGUUUCUCAUUAUUCAGAUAGUCUUGAAUGUCCCAAUAUCAAUAUUAAUUUGAUCGAUAAUGCAAACACAAGAUUACGAUCAUCGUAUUUCGAUAAUCGAACUGCUGAUAAUACAAAAUCAGAUAAAAUAAACAAACUCGAAUCAGUUGCCCAAGACAUAUGCGUUGCUACUGAAAUCCAUUUUGGUAUGAAAAGCAGAUUACGAUUUAUACCAAAAGGUAUGUCACAAAUAUUUGAAAACUGCAAUUCUAAAGGAGUAUGUAGUUACAAUUUCGAAGAGGACUACUUUGAAAAUAAUUUGUAUGACGAUUUUGAUAAUAACGUACAGAUGAAUUCCAAUAUGUUUGAUCCAAUAUUACAAGAAGUAUGGAAUAAUGCUACUACGGGUAUUGAGAAAUUAACUAAAAAAAUCGACAAAGAAAACACUUCUCUUAAAUUCGACGCUCAAUCCAUAAAAAGCGCAAAAGUUUUAGGUCAAGUUGACUAUAAAUUUAUUGCUGCUAUUGUCAAUGGUAAAAACUAUAACAAAAAGGAAGCGGUUGAAUCGUUGGUAUUAUUUGAUCAACAUGCUGUCGAUGAAAGGAUAAGACUUGAGAAAAACCUAUCAGAAUAUUUACAAAAGCAGCAAUGGAAAAAAGUUAAUAUUGAUGACGUUCAUUUGACAUUAAAUAAGGACGAAAUACUUUAUCUUCACAAUUACAAAGAUAAGCUCUCCCGGUUGGGUAUAGAAUGGAAUAUAUUGGGUAAUGACCAAAUAAUACUUAGUUCUGUACCACAAUCAAUAUUGGGAAAAAUCCCUAGACAGAUGGAGAAAGUCGUAGAGGCUGUAAAAAAAAUUAUAGCCGAAGAAAUAAACAUCAUUAAACAACAAAGUGGUUGCAUUUCUUUAUACCCAAAAGCAAUUAUGGAUUUAGUUUUCAGUGAGGCCUGCAGAUACGCCAUAAAGUUCGGCGAUAAGCUGUCAAUGGGACAAUGUGAAGACAUGCUGAAUGCUCUAUCGGAAUGUAAAAUGCCAUUCCAGUGUGCUCACGGUAGACCCGUCAUGGCUGUUCUUAUCGAUGUUGUAAAAAAUAACAAUGAGUACAAGAUAAAUUUGUCGAAGCUGAAGGAGUAUAAAUUGAAGAAUUUGAUACGACGAAUUUGAUUAUGCGAAGACGUUGAUAGUUAAAGAUAAAUAGAUCGAUUAUAUUAUGUAUAUUCUCAUGUUUGACUUAAGAAGAGUAUCGUACAAACAAUAAAUGAUAAUCCGAAUCUUUUAACAAACACAACUUACUUUAGGUAACGUAAUAUGUACCACGAUUACUGCUAUCGAUGUCUCUAGCGACAACGCAGUUUUUUAAGCAGUGUGAUUGUUAUUAAGUAUAGAAAAUAAAUAAAAAUUUUGAAACAAUAA